AUGGGGAAUGGACUGUCAGACCAGACUUCUAUCCUGUCCAGCCUGCCUUCAUUUCAGUCCUUCCACAUUGUUAUUCUGGGUUUGGACUUUGCUGGGAAGACAACUGUAUUAUACAGGCUGCAAUUCAAUGAGUUUGUAAAUACCAUACCUACCAAAGGAUUUAACACUGAAAUAAUUAAGGUAACUUUGGGAAAUUCUAAAACUGUCACUUUCCACUUCUGGGAUGUAGGUGGUCAGGAGAAAUUAUGGCCACUGUGGAAGUCAUAUACCAGAUGCACAGAUGGCAUUGUGUUUGUCGUGGACUCUGUUGAUGUUGAAAGAAUGGAAGAAGCCAAAACUGAACUUCAUAAAAUAACCAGGAUAUCAGAAAAUCAAGGAGUACGCAUGCUUAUAGUUGCUAAAAAACAAGAUUUGAGGAACUUGUUGUCUCUGACAUUACUUCACAUUCUUUAUUCCUAG